ACUUCAUCUCCCAGGUGGCAUUGCGAGCGGUCUGUUUCUAGGUGUCUAGCAACAGCUACCAGCCCAGACAGCCGGCGGCAACGGGAGCGGUGUUUCUCGGUGUGUCUUCCCACGAUUAUUUCGCUGCCGGGGUGUUCAUAAUUAAUAGUCGCUUGGCUGAAAAUAGUGGAAAAAAACAACCCUGACCCCUGCACAGAGAUAUGAGCGGCAGCGGGCGGCCCAGGACCAGCUCGUUUGCUGAGCCGCCAGGUGUUCCAGGAGCCGCUGCUGCGUCCACCGGAUCAGCCGCUGCCGUGGGGAGCAGCACAGGAAAGUCCGGGGUCCCGCAGGCCUCCGGCACCAGCUCGUCGGGAUGCUCGAACCUGAAGCUUGCCAGAGACAGUGGGAAGGUGACGACAGUUGUGGCCACACCAGGUCAGGGACCGGACCGCCCACAGGAAGUCUCUUACACUGACAUCAAGGUGAUCGGUAAUGGAUCGUUUGGGGUGGUGUACCAGGCUCGGCUCAUCGACAGCCAAGAGAUGGUGGCCAUCAAAAAGGUUCUGCAGGAUAAGAGGUUCAAGAAUCGGGAACUACAGAUAAUGAGGAAGUUGGAUCACUGCAACAUAGUCAGGCUACGUUACUUCUUCUACUCCAGUGGCGAGAAGAAAGAUGAAGUGUACCUCAACCUGGUGCUGGACUUUGUCCCUGAGACGGUCUACAGGGUUGCCAGGCAUUUUAACAAGGCCAAGAGCAUCAUUCCUAUCAUAUACGUGAAGGUGUACAUGUACCAGUUGUUUCGUAGUCUGGCUUAUAUCCAUUCCCAGGGCGUUUGUCACAGAGACAUCAAGCCCCAAAACCUGCUCGUCGACCCAGAAACUGCCAUUCUCAAACUGUGUGACUUCGGCAGCGCCAAGCAGCUGGUCCGGGGUGAGCCCAACGUGUCGUAUAUCUGCUCGCGGUAUUAUCGCGCGCCUGAGCUCAUUUUCGGUGCCACAGACUACACGGCAAACAUUGACAUCUGGUCUGCAGGCUGCGUACUCGCCGAGCUGCUGCUCGGACAACCCAUAUUCCCCGGUGACAGUGGGGUGGACCAACUAGUAGAGAUUAUCAAGGUGCUGGGAACACCGACAAGGGAACAGAUCCGAGAGAUGAACCCGAACUACACAGAAUUCAAGUUCCCUCAGAUCAAAGCUCAUCCAUGGACCAAGGUGUUUAAACCUCGCACCCCUCCAGAAGCCAUCGCUCUCUGCUCCCGGCUGCUGGAGUACACGCCGGCCUCGCGCCUCUCCCCGCUAGAGGCCUGCUCGCACGCCUUCUUUGACGAGCUGCGCCAGCCGAACACGCGACUGCCCAGCGGCCGGGAACUGCCAAUGCUCUUCAACUUCAGCACCACAGAGCUGUCAAUCCAGCCCCAGCUGAACUCAACCCUCAUUCCUCCUCACGCUCGCGCUCACACAGCUGCUUCCGCCCACGAUGGCACCGGUUCAGAUUCAUCUCAACACAGUUCAGUACCAGGAUCUCUUAACAGCAUCUGAAGCAGCUUCCUCACCUGCCUGCCUGCCAGCCUCACCCUUAUCUCAGACACACACACACACACACACACUCACUCUUCAGCUUUCCUCCAUGCUGCUUGCUCUCCUCUUAGAUGAUCUGUUUUUGUACAGUAAAAACACUGAACAAACUAUUAGUUCUUUAGUUGCCAGGGUUGAAGCUACAGCAGGAGAUUGUUACACACACACACACACACGCACACACACACACACACACACACACACACACAGUCGUCUCGCUGCUGCUCGGGUGGUAUGUGAAGGUUCAAUAGUGGGGGCUGGUCCUCUGUAAUAUAACCUUUUUUUAAUCUACAUUUUUUCCUUUUUCUUCUUUAUAUUUGUGUUUAUUUAUUUGAUUAAUUGAAACAUUAUGUGAUCACACAUUUUGUCUCUAGAGUUCUGUUUCCACUUCUGUUUUUUUUUUUUAUUAUUAUUCUUAGACUGCACACUGCCUGACCAAGUCUAGAAUCAGCCCCAAGCAGAUCAUCAGGGUAAAGGACAUUUUUUAUUUUAGCUCAGGACGGGAGAACAGCUGCAGGGACAGAGAAAUUCAUAAAUUCACUAGCCACAUUAUUCGAUACUAGCCUGAUGUUAAAUUACCUACUGAAGUGGCAGAAAAACUCAUCAGCACCAGGAAGUAUUUAUCAGUGUUUGGUUGGAUUUCUGUUUGUCAUGAAUCAUGUUCAGUGGCUGUGUUUUUUAGACUAGACUGGAAAUCACCAGAUCACCCUGAUCUAGACAAUGUUUUCUGGUGAAGGAGUGAAAUGUUCCUGACCCUGUCCACAGCUGUAAAUCCACCCAACAAAGACUGAACCUUAAUUUUCUUUUUUGGGCGUAUUUACACUGCACAUCAACUGCUGACUGAUCGAGACUCCUUCUCAUCUUUUAAUAGCGAUUUUAUUUUUGAAUUUGUUUACACAUCAGGACGACAGAAGUGUUGAUUUGUACCUCCAGAGGAAAACUCCUCGGCUUCUUCUCUUGUUCUUCACCACAAAAAAAAAUUUGAAUUGGAAAUGUCAGUUGUGACGAAAGUGUGAAUGUGGUGCUCGACAAAAGCAGAUUGAGAGAAUAAUUUAGAGCAAACAAAGCUGUUGAAUAAGUUGGUCGCUCUGGAUUCCACUGUCCAAGAUUAUUACAGCGAUAAAAACUUAAAGGGUCCCCACAGUCUUAAACUGAAGACAAAUACCGAAGCCUAUCUAAUAAACUAGAGAUCAACAGGCGUUACUCGUCACAUCAUUGAUGCUGCUUGAAGAAAUUGUUUGUGGAAUUCACCUGCUGAAAGAAAUUAACCAAAUUUUCUCCUCCUUAUAAACACCCAAAAAGAAAAUACUGAUUCUACCUAUAAAUGAAAAACUUCCACUGGUUUCACUCAUGUUACUGUGGUAGAAAGUGUCAGUGAGUAGAGGCGAGGAAGAAACAAGCAAAAUGAAUGUCGGUCGUCCUGAAACUAAGGAAUGCUUAAAUGUGGAUUGCAUGUUUUUAAACUGGGGGAAACUUCAUGUUAACAUAUUUAUUCCUUUGUUUUUGGAUGAGAGUUUUUGACUGAGAGGGCUUUGAAAAGGUGUUGCAGCUUCCUCUUUAGCAAACUUUGCUUCCAUCAGUGGAAAUAAAUGAAAAGUUUUUACAAGAAGAAACAAUAACUGAGGAUAAACGAACAUUUCAGGUCAUCAGUGCUGCUGACAUGUCGUACAGAAACAUUAAGAAUCACGAAUGAAAGGCUAAACGUUAAUGACAGCUGAAUAUCGAACAGGUAAAUUCCUUUAAAGUGACUGUGUUUGUUUGUGUGUUGUACUUCUAUCUUUAUGACGAUUCAACCUCAUGAAAGCAAGGACAUUUGGCCGGUCCUCGCUUCUUCAAAGAGCCGUUUAAAGGCCAAGACGAAGUCGUUCUAGGGUUAAAUUUAGAAAUAAGUUGAGGUUAGGUGCACAGAGAAUGUAUCACUAUAGAAGUACAAAUGUGUGUGUGUGUGUGUGUCUGAACACAUCCCAAACUGCAGUCUGAACAGCCACUGUUUUAGGAAUAGAGCUGUCAACGAUACAGAUUUUUAGUAAGCAGUUCAGACCACUUGAACGUUUGUAGUAUAGUAUAUUUGAUACUAUUGUACCAUGCCUCCACCUGCUGUUUUAACUGCAGCCAUGUUUGUUUUUAACCCUUUUUUAAUAUAAGUCAAGAGCUCUGAUGCUUUUUGUUUUUUAAUUCCACCACACAUUCAUUUUAUAAGAGGAGAGUGGAGAGCAUUUUUUUUUUGUCCCUUCUCUUUCCUCCCAGCUGCUGCUUCUGAGUUUCAAACUAGCAAUCCUCCCCCAGUCUGGUAGGUUACUGCCGCACAUAUUCUGCUUUCUUUUGCUGUAAAGAGUCCAAUCAGCUCAUUUGAUUAACUCUGCGGGGUGUGUGAAACACUCAGAGCUGUCAGACUCUCUGUGGCUAUGAACAGGUGUGAAAACUCCCUGUGAAGAAUCAAACUCUGAUUUCUCUCAUUAUCAGAAGCCAUUUAUUUCCUCAUUCUCUCCUUCUUCCUUCUCUUAUCGCACGUGUAAAUAUCACUGAUUUUUAUUUUCCUCUUUUUACUUUUUAUUACAGAGUUGUUUAUAUCUUAUUUUCCUCAUUCUCUCUCUCUAUGAAGCAGUCUUUUAGUUGGUGCAUUUUUGUAAAUAUGUUUCUUUUUUUCACAAUUCAAAAUGUAAAUACUGCAAAGAGAAAAAAAAAGAAGAAAAAACAGUCUACUCCUCAUGUUUGUUAAUGAUCUUUCUCUCUCUCUUUCUCUUUCUUGUCCAGUGAAAAUUGUAAAGUAGCUGUUAACAUCAUCGUUAACUCAGCUCUCCUCCCUGUUAGGUCCUCUAUGGGACCACCUGACUGUUGAAAGAAUAUUGUAAGGGUUCUGUUCCAAAAUGUUCUCCGUCUGUCCACUGAUAUAAUCACCCCAAAUAUUAUAUUUCAUCUGUCAAAUCUAAUGGACUGAGUCACGUUUGCUUAUUUGAGCCAUAUAACAGCAGCAUUUUGGGUUUGAAUCCCAUGAACCCUCUGACCUGCUCGUCUGUAUCUUGCUGUUGAUCUUACAGUGUGACAAAUGCAAAAAAUCAGAAACAAUGAAACAAGAACAGUGAAGCAGAGUUUUGAUUAAAUUGAAACAGAGCAAGUCGUCUUUGUGAAGCACCUUAAUGAAGUGCAGAGCUGCAGAUUCUCCACAAGAUGGAGCUGUUCAGUCUUCAUGACAGAGUUCUACUCUGCCAACCUGCACCAAUCAUAGGAGACACAUUCAGAAUACAUUUCAAGAUUCCUUUAGUUGUUUUCUUUUGGCUUUAGUAACCCCCCAACCUUUUAUUGUGGAAUUAAAAGACCUUCCUUCGUCUCUCCACAGUAACCAGGAGGACACAAUCGCAUUCAUGCUGACUAAAAUCUUACAUGUUGCAGAUUUAAAGCUGUAAACUUUACUUGAGGGCAGAAGAAACAAGCUGUAAACACAAUACUGACAAAUGAUCUUUGUCUCUAUCGAUUAGCAACUGAAUGCUCCACUGAGUUCACCUGUUAGUCUGCUGUUUGAGUACAGUGGAGUUUUAAAGCUGAAACUCAUGGGACCUGCAGAUUUAUGUGACAGUUCUCUGUGGGUUUAUCACUGUGAGCUAAAAAUAUCACAUUUUGUUUUGAUACAUUCUUAUAAAAAUAUGUGAAGCUCAAAAAAGAAAAAGAAAAACCACUGUUAUAACACUUGCCUGCCUGCAGAUGGCGCAUAUGUCACAAAUUACAGCUGCUGUUCUCUUCCUUGCCUGUAGAUGGCAGACACUGAUAUGCCAAUAACUGCAUAUCUCAGCAGAGUAAUUUUACACAUCUAACCUUCAGAUUUGUAGCCUUCAGCUCAAUCUGAUGUUGAGGAUAUUUAUUGAAUUUUGAUUUUAACAUUUUUAAAUAAUUGAAUCAUUGCAGCUCCCCUUUUAGAGUUGUUGUUAUUUUCCUGCCUGUAGAGGGCGCAGUUGAGACUGGAACAGCAGGGCCGAGGCUGCAGGUUUGUGUGUUUUCUCAUUCACUUAUCUUUUUGGAACAGAACUCUUUUUGUUUGUGUGUUGCGACAGAUUGCAGUAUACAUGAUUACUGUGCAGUAUUAAGAAGAAUGAGUCCGCUGCAGGUCACUGGUGUUCUCAGAGGGAGGUGUAACGUCUGACUCGAGUGAUCUCACAAGUGUUUAGUUGGACUGGAAAUCACAUUAUGAUGUCCAGCUAGUACUCAACAUGGGCAUUUUUGUAUUAUGUGCUGUAUGGCAUUCAGAACUGCUGCUAAUGAUCACAAGAUGGUAGAAAUAAAGAUUUGUGUUGUGAAUGCAGACAGAGCUGUAGGCUGUGUGUUUGUGUUUGUGUCCAGGCAACGUGCAAACACGUUUGCACCGUUGGUAAUUCUCAGAAAUUGUACUUUUUGUUCCUGUCUGAUUCUUCUCACUUUAUUUAAUUUUUUUUACUCCACUGCUGUUGACGUCUGGUCUCGUUCUGCCCCGGUUGGACUGAUGUGUUGGGUGAUGGGUGGAUGGAGGGAUAGAAACAGAAAGAGAGAGGAAGAAACACAAACCUGUUUGUCUCUGUUCUGUGUGUGUACGAUAUGGACUCAUUUACUGUAAUAAAGUGAUUAAACUGUG